AUGUCUGUCUUUUUCAAAGAAAUAUCCCCAGAUAAUCCCAUCCGCGAGGGCGAUGUCGAGAGAAUACUUGAACCACUUGGCGUGACAGUCAAAGAAGGAGAGUCUCGAGACUACCAGACUCUUCUAGCCGCCGUCCACGACUGCGCUGAGCACGUCUUACAACUUCCCGACUAUCAACCAUCUCCCGACCUCGAUCGUUAUCCUCGGCUCGACUUGAAUCGCCCUUCCGAAAAAGAACAAGCAUUCGGCCACGCGUGGGCUCAUCGAUUUCUUAUAAAGGGAAGCCAAUCGACGACGUCAGAGCUGCGAGGGAAAUCCAUUUGCAUCAAAGACUGUAUUGCGGUCGCCGGGAUCCCUCAAUUUUUUGGAAGUGAUGCGUUUCCAGCAUGGACUCCGAGCACUGAUGCAGCUGUGGUAACACGGAUGCUGGACGCUGGGGCAGAUAUCGUUGGCACAGCUACUUGUGAGCAUUUCUGCAACUCGACGUCCUCUUUCACUAGUGCUCAAGGCACAGUCGAGAAUCCACACAAGGUGGGAUAUUCUGCUGGAGGGAGCACUUCGGGAGGGGCAGCUCUUGUAGCUGGAGGUAUCGUGGAUAUUGCGAUAGGUACCGAUCAGGGUGGAAGCAUCCGGGUCCCAGCGUCGCUUUGUGGUAUUGUUGGGUUGAAGCCGACCCAUGGACUCAUACCAUAUACCGGUAUUACCAGUGGAGACCAGAUUGACGACCACGCUGGCCCUCUCGCCCGGUCGGUCGUGGAGGUGGCGGCUAGUCUGGAUGCCAUGGCUGGGUAUGAUGGUAUAGAUGACAGGUCACUAGGUUCUGCACCGCAUGCCUCAUUUCAUUUUUCCCAAUCACUGAGGGAUACUGAUGGUAAACUUGAUGGAGUUAAAGUCGGCGUUCUCGUCGAGGGUUACCAAAAUGAUCUCAUUCAACCCGGUGUCAAGGCCAGAUUCUUGGACGCCGUAGAAAAGCUUUCGAUGCUUGGGGCUCAGAUUGAAGAAGUGUCUAUCCCUCUGCACAAAGAAGGCGGAUCAAUAUGGACAAUCCAGCAGCGCAUAUCCGGAGCAUCUGGCAUCCUUGGCAACGCCAAUGGUCGUCGUGGUCUCUAUCUGACCGAAUUCGAACACGCUCGCCUCCCUUGGACCGCUCCCAACUUUGACCGACUCUUUCCAUCAACGAAAAACACAAUCAUCAACGGCAUCUAUCUUAUGAAGAAUUUCCCUGGUCUCUACGGAAAGACUGUCAACAUAGGCCGGCGAAUAAAAGAUGCAUAUGAGUCGGCAUUCGAAAAAUACGACGUGAUUGUCAUGCCCACAACGCCAUUUGUCGCUCCUCGACAUGGAGAUAGAGACUCAGUGUUGGGAUCAUUCGAGCCUAGUAUAGGCAUGACCACGAAUACAGCGAUUUUCAAUGUCACGGGGCAUCCGGCAUUGUCAUUGCCAGUUGGUCUUGCUGCCGCACCAGACGACGAGCAUUUGAUGCUGCCUGUCGGCCUACAAAUUGUGGGUGGUUUAUGGCAGGAGAAGGCAGUAUUGAAGGUUGCACAUGCCUGGGAGCAGAGUUUUGAUUGGAAAUCGGCCUCCAAGAGGAAUUUCUGCUCGAACUCGGCUGAUGAGACUUCUGGAGGUGCUCAAUGGGGUGGUGAUGUCCUUAGCGAGAAGGAACUUGGGGUUAGACAUACGGUAGAGAUCAAGUCUCAGUUAGAGGUUGGACAAAUUAAGAUGGUUGCUUAG